CAUGGAUACGACCGGCCACAGCCUCCUCCUCCUCCAGCAGCUGAACAUGCAGCGGGAGUUUGGCUUUCUGUGCGACUGCACAGUUGCCAUUGGAGAUGUUUACUUCAAAGCCCACAGAGCAGUGCUUGCUGCUUUUUCAAACUAUUUUAAGAUGAUAUUUAUUCAUCAGACGAGCGAAUGCAUAAAGAUUCAGCCUGCAGACAUCCAGCCUGACAUAUUUAGUUACUUGUUGCAUAUCAUGUACACCGGGAAGGGGCCCAAGCAGACCGUCAGCCAGAGCCGGCUGGAGGAGGGCAUCCGCUUUCUCCACGCAGACCACCUCUCCCAUAUCGCCAUCGAGAUGAACCAAGCCUUCUCCCCAGAGCCGGUCCAGUCUUCAAACUUGUACGGCAUCCAGAUCUCAACCGCACACAAACCAGUGAAGGAACGCCCAGGACCAAAGGAGACUCUGCCCAAGGCGGGCAGCAGGGCCGCUGCCCCAGGCGACCACCCGCAGCUGCAGCUCUCCCUGGCCAUUGGUCUGGACGACAGCUCCCUCGACCAGCAGGCUGCUCGCCCCUCCACUCAGCCCGCCGCUCUCGCCAAGCCUCCAGAAGAGCAUCCCAAGCUCUCGGUCUCCAUAAAGCAGGAGAGGUGUGACUCGGAGCCCGUGGUGUCCCAGAGCUGCACCCCUCCAUCUCCAGAGGUCGUGAGCCCCAUCUUUGCCAAGGCCAGCCUCAGGGUGCACUUGUGUCACUACUGCGGGGAGCGUUUCGACUCCCGGGGAGGGCUGCGACAGCACUUGCACACCCACGUCUCGGGCUCGCUGCCCUUUGGGGUGCCGGCCUCCAUCCUGGAGAGCAGCGACCUGGGGGAAGUGCAGCCUCUGGCUGAGGACAGGGAGGCUGGGGACAGCCACCGGCUCAGCACCUUCCUGCUCAGGGAGGAUGAGCAUCCGCUGGAGCAUCCGAGCUGCGGCGACCUGCAGCCUCUGCAGAUCGGCCAGCUCUCCCUCGUCUCCAAGGACCACGAGCCGGUAGAGUUGAACUGUAACUUUUCUUUCUCUAGAAAGAGAAAAAUCAGUUGCACCGUCUGUGGCCGCACGUUCUUCCGCAAGAGCCAGCUGCUGGAGCACAUGUACACGCACAGAGGGAAGCAGCACAAGUACAGCCGCUGCCAGCGGCUGGAGAGCCCCGCGACCGCCAGGUUUCAUCCCUACUGUGACAGUGAGAGUGUGGGGAAAAGCUCUGGUUUAUCCCAAGACCACUUGGAUGAAUGUAUUCUGGAGUCAGAUCUCAUCCAAGAAAGCGUUGAUACGAUCCUGGUAGAGUAG